AUGUGCAUAAUCAACGGGGAGGUUCGUGUAGCCACCCUUGACUGCGUCGCUGUUGUUGCUCAUCUCCUCGGUGCUGGAAAUCUUGGGCCUCUGCUUUCAGUUGUUCCGCAUGCGGGAUCGGAUCUGAAUAACUCCAAUCAUAGUGACUCCAUCGCUUGUGCAAACAAUUCCAUUCUCGAGGCGGUUCAGCGGCGUCUAGCUCGACGUCAGCUUCCACAGUUAGACAGCCAGUGUCGUGUUGUGCGUGGAUUCUCUAUUGGAAUCACAGCCCCAUCUGUGGGGCAUCAUCGAAACGGUCAUGUGUUUCGAUCGGCUGGCCCUUUGGAGGCGUCAAGUGAGGUUGUUGCGCUCACCGACCUGGAGGAUGCAGGCAAUGUUUCUCAUCGGAAACGUGCGUACUUUAUGAGCAAUUCCGCUUUGCAUCCGAACUCAGCUUCAAAAGGUCUACGACGUCGACCCAGCGCUGGUUCUAACAAUCGAUUGCCUUGGGAUCCUCAAGCAGGUUCUGCUGGUUCUAUCGCAUCAUCCAGUGGUGUCUCAUCGGCUGCGUCUCCACGGUGUUUGGAUAGCGGUUCAGUUGAGCGCAAUCUGCUUGGUUCCACCCCAACAGAAUCGCAUCUACUAGUAGGCACUUUUUAA